AUGUCUCAACCAACUGCUGCAGACAAAAUUGUUUUAGAAAAAAGUAGCAAUACUUCUGGUUUAGAAGUCGAAUUACAUCCAUUGGUUUUAAUUAAUAUUAGUGAUCAUUUCACUCGUCAAAAAGUUGAAAACAAUUAUUCAAAUACUAGAGUUAUUGGUGUAAUUCUUGGUCUUCAAAAUGGUAGAAAUGUAGAAAUUUGUAACUCUUUUGAAUUAGUUAAUACAGAAGUUGAAAAGGUUUUGGUUUUAGAUACCGCAUAUUUAAAGAAAAAGUAUGAACAAUUCAAAAAAGUUUUCCCAAAUUACGAUUUAUUGGGUUGGUACUCCACAGGUUCUGAAGUUUCAAAAGAUGAUAUUUUACUUCACAAACAAAUUUUAGAGUUUAAUGAAAGUCCUCUAUAUUUAAUGUUAGAUACAGUUGCAUCAAAAAAUAAAGAUCUUCCAGUAUAUAUUUAUGAAUCAGAAUUACACAUGGUUGGUGACGAACCAACUACAAUUUUUGUUAAAACUCCAUUUAAAAUUCAAACUGGUGAAGCUGAAAGAAUUGGUGUUAAUCACAUUGCCAAAGUUACACCAUCAGGUAGCGAAGGUUCAGGUUUAACAACUCAUUUAUUAAGUAUGCACAAUGCAAUUUCAAUGUUGAAUAUCCGUGUUAAAGCCCUCAGCGAUUAUUUACAAGCAGUUAAAGAAAAGAGAUUACCAUAUGAACAUGGUAUUUUAAGAAAAGUUAAAUCAUUAUGUAAUCAAUUACCAACCAUUGAUACCCACGACUUUAAGAGAUCCUAUUUACAAGAGUACAAUGAUGUUUUAUUAGUUACAUAUCUUGCUUCAAUUACCAAAACCUCAGCUUCACUUAAUGAUACAAUCGAUAAAUAUUUAGUAUCACACGAAAAACAAGUUCACUUAGAAGGUCCAAUUAAAAAAUCAACCUAUCUUCAAUUAAAUGAAAUUUUAAAAACAAAACAUAAUGGUGAAAUUAUCCAUUAUAUUCCAGAUAAUAGUUAUUUAGUUUCAAUCGUCGAAGGAAAUAAUCACAACUCAAUUAAUGAAAUUAAAAAGAGUAUUCCAUCAGUACAAUGGACAAAGCCAUUAGAGCCAAGAUUAAAGCAAUCCCCUCUUUUUAAAUUAAUUACAAGUAAAUCAGAUAUCAUCCAAUUAAAAGUAUAUUACCAUGUAUCGAAAAAUGAAGAUUAUAACCAAAUUUCAAAUAAAUUACAACAGGAAUUAAAUAGUGCAGUUAAAAUUUCAUCCUCUUCAUCCAAUGUUUUAGUUUCAGAUAUAUUAAAAUCAACAGAUAAUAAUUCAAUAAUAAUUUUAUUAAAUUUAAAUAAUAUCAACAAUGAUCAUAUAGUCGAAAACAUUAUUUAUAAAUUAUCAACUCAAUCACUUGUUUAUUGGAUCGAACCAAUUUCUAAACAAACAAAGAAUCAUCCAAGUAAUAUAAAUUCACAUUAUUCAAUUCAAAAUGGUAAAGCUUCAGUUCAAUCAACUCCUCUUUGGGACUUGGGUUUAAAAGGUGAUGGCGAAAUCAUUGGUUGCGCUGAUACCGGUAUCGAUGUUGAUCAUUGUUUUUUUUAUGAUACUAAUCCAAUCGGUCCAAAUCAUAGAAAGGUUAUUUCAUACACACAAAUUGAUGGCGCAGGUGAUACAGGUGAUAGCCAAAAUGGUCAUGGUACCCAUAUCGUUGGUACAAUUUUAGGAUCUCUUCCAGAUGGUUCAGCUCAAGCAAUUGCUGGUUAUGUCGGUGGUUCACCAAAUUCAAAAGUUUCUUUCAUCGAUUUACAAGCAAGCGCUAAUGCUGACAGUGGUCUAUCUAUUCCAUCAAAUAUUACAAAAAUUUAUGAACAAACCUAUGGUACAAAUGCUAAAAUUCAUUGCGAUGCUUGGAACUCAAAUAUUGGCCCAUUUUAUACCUCAGUUACUUCAGCAAUCGAUCAAUUCCAAUAUGAACAUUUGGAUUUUCUUGUUAUUAGAUCAUCAGGUAAUAGUAACAAUUUUGGGUACUCUUCAGUAUAUUCCUUAUCUCAAGAAUCAACAUCUAAAAAUUCAUUAGUAGUUGGCAGUUAUAACCAACCAUCAUCAAUUUUUACAGCUUCUCUAGACUACUGGGAUUUCGAUUCAAUUUAUAAUAGUGUUUAUAACAAAGUUUGUAAUUUAGGUCAAUCAGUUUACGAUUUAUCUUGCAGUGAUUUACAAGCAAAUCCAGCAGAUAUUCAAACUGAAUGUUGUGGUGGUAGUGUAGCUUUACAACAAUUAUGUUGCAAAACUUAUCUUGCUACUCAAUACUCCACCAAUACAUCAAUUUAUGAAGAGUUUUAUCCAAGCGUUUUUAGUGGUAUUGGACCAACCUCUGAUGGUCGUUUAAAGCCAGAUCUUCUUGCACCAGGUUCUCCAGUAAUUUCAUCCCGUGCUUUUAAUCCAUCAACUCCAGAUCAUUGUGACCCAAUUUCUGGAACUAAUCCAUCACUUUUAGCCAUGGAAGGUUCCAGCCAGGCUGCUGCUGUUAUGACUGCUGCUGCUUCAUUAGUUCGUCAAUAUUAUAGAGAGGGAUAUUUUGUUAAUGGUGUUAAGGAUGAUGAAAAAGGUUUUGCCCCAUCUGCCGCAUUAGUUAAAGCAACUCUUAUUAAUACUGCCGAUUUUAUUUCAACAUCAAUUGACAAUAUUUAUGCACAAGGUUUUGGUAGUGUUUCACUCUCAAAGCUUUUUAAUCAAACUUCUAGCAGUACUGUUAAAACUUUUUUAAAUAUUCCAUCAUCAAUUAAUGGUACAGACCCAAUCAUUAACACCAAUGAUACUUUUUCAUAUUGUCUUACUCUCAGCGAACCAAGUGAUAUCGAUAUUACAUUAGUUUGGACCGAUCCACCAGCUUCACCAUUGUCAGCAAAAACCUUAGUUAAUAAUUUAGAUCUUGUUUUGUUACAAUUUAUAAACGGUGGUAAUGUUACUCAAUUAAAUGGUAAUGGAUUUGCAGAUUUAGAGUUUGAUGACAGCAAUAAUGUUGAAAUAAUUCGUAUUAAACAAGCUCCAGCUGGUCGUUAUGAUAUUAUUGUUGUUGGUGCAAAUAUUGUAGUUCCAGAUCAAACAUUCGCUCUUGUAAUUAGAACUACUGGUGAAAAAGGUAUGGAGGAAUCUUAUUGUUCAGAAUGUUUUUAUGAUCCAGAUAAUAAUCCAGAGCAAUUUUGUUUAAUUGAAAAUGGUGUUGGUACUCAAGUAUGUGGGGAAGAUAAUCUUUUAACCAAAUGUAAAAUAUAUGCAUGUGACACCGGCUAUGUAUACGAUAAUGGUAUUACAAAGAAAUGUAUUACAACAUUGGCAUUGACACUUUAUAAUAUAGUUUUAUUGGCUGUUUUUGGUAUUAUUAUUGUUACUGUUGUUAUCUUUAUUUUAUUAUGUUAUAAAUCAAAAUCAUUAGAUCAAGAAAAAUAUAGAAUGAUGAAAAAAGAUGACGACUUUAAUGGUGGUAAGAGUUUGGGUGGAAAAUCUUCAAGUGCAAACAGUGGCGAUUCAAAUAAAGAUGGAAAUACUAAGAAUGGUUCAAUUGAAUUGGGUCAAGUUGAUGAAGAUGGUAAUGGUCAAGGUAACAAUCAUACACCAGGUGGAUAUGAAGAUUCAUACGAACCACCAGUCUAUGAUGAAGAUGGUAGAUUAAUUUCAGGUCAAGAAAUCGAAAUUUCAAUUCUAGAGGUUAUUUCUUUAGGUAAACCAGAGUCACAUAUCCUUGGUGCUGCCUUGAUCUUAUCAUUUGUCGAUAUUGCUUUAGGUCUUGCUAUUCCGUUGGUUGCUGCUAAUAUUUUCGAUAUUCUCUAUUCAGACAGUGGCGAAAAGAUUUCAACAACCAUUCUUACAUUCGCUCUCAUUAUCAUUGGUAUGAUUGUUGUCCAAUUCUUAUAUGGUAUUCUUUUAGCUUUAGCAGGUCAUAAAAUCAUCGCUCGUUUACGUAAUGAAAUGUUCAAAAGUUUAAUGAAACAAGAUAUGGCAUUCUUCAAUGAAAGAAAGACUGGUGAAUUAAUGAGUCGUUUAGCAAGUGAUGUAUCUUCCGUUCGUUCAAUUAUUUCCGAUAGUAUUCCAAAUAUGAUUACUCAAAUUGCAACUAUUGGUGGUACUUUAAUUAUGUUAUUUAUUAUCUCAUGGAAGUUAUCUUUAGUAGUUUUAUGUCCAUUACCAAUUCUCUUGGUUUUCUCUAAAUUCUAUGGUGGUUAUAUCGAAGUUAUUUCAGUUAAAGUACAAGAUGCCUUAGCUGAUGCUGCUACCCAUGCCGCCGAAACUCUUUUUAAUAUGAAAACUGUUAGAUGGUUCUCAUCCGAAGAAAAAGAAGUAGCAAAGUUCUCAGUUUUAAUUAAUAUUUCUUAUAAAAUUGCAUUAAAAAUGACAAUUUGGAAUGGUAUUUAUAGUUCAACUUCUGGUAUUUUCGAACAGUUAUCAGUAUUUAUUUUAUUAUGGUAUGGAUCCUCAUUGGUUAGAAAUGGUGAUUUAACUCCAUCAAUGUUAAUUGCUUUCAAUCUAUUCUUACCAUUUAUCACAUCAGCAGUAACACACGUAGCAACAUUAUAUACAACUUAUAAAUCAUACAAAGGUUCAAGUUAUAGAUUUUUUGAAAUUAUGCAAAGAGUUCCAGAAAUUCAACAAGAGGGCGGUAUUCAAAGAAAUUCAGUUCAAGGUAUUGUUGAAUUUAAAAAUGUUGGUUUUACAUAUUCAUCAAACCCAAGCCAACCAAUUUUAGACAACGUUGACAUUCAAUUUAAUCCAGGUUCUAUUACAGCUUUAAUUGGUCCAUCUGGUGGUGGUAAAUCAACAAUGCUUUCAUUAAUUGGUAGAUUAUAUAAUAUUAGUGGUGGUGCAAUUACUUUGGAUGGCACAGAUAUUAAAGAAUUCAAUGUUGCAAAUCUUCAUCAGCAUAUCUCAAUUGUAAAUCAAGAGCCAUCUUUAUUCUCUGGUACUAUUGCCGAAAAUAUUAUGUAUGGUAAGGCAAAUGCUACUAGAGAUGAAGUUAUUACUGCAUGUAAACAAGCUAAUGCACACGACUUUAUUAUGGCAAUGCCCGAAAAAUACGAUACAUUAAUUGGAGAGAGAGGCACAUCACUCUCGGGUGGUCAAAAACAGCGUAUAGCUAUUGCUCGUACCAUUAUUAAAAACCCAACUGUAUUACUUUUAGAUGAAGCAACCUCAGAAUUAGAUGUAGAAAGUGAAAGACUUGUUCAAGAGGCUAUUGAUCGUUUGGUUGUAGGUCGUACUGUAAUUAUUGUAGCACAUCGUUUAACCACUAUUUUAACCGCUGAUAUUAUUGCUGUUGUAACUGAAGGUGGUAUUACUGAAAAGGGUACUCCAGAAGAAUUAUUAGCUAAAAAAGGCAUGUUUUAUGACUUUGUUCAAAUUCAAUACGGUAAACAAGGUGAAGAUAUUGAAAUUCAGUUACCAACUAGAGAUAAAUCGAAUAGAACAACAGAAAAAUUACGUCAACGUAGUGAAACCAUUAAACAAAUCGCUAAAGGAAAAAGAGAUUCAGUUAUGCCAUAUCCAAAAGGUAAAAAUAUUCAAGAUUAUGAAGAUGAUUAUGAAGAUGAUAGACCCUCUGGAAGUAGUCAACAUAGACCACCUUCAACACCAAUGUGGAGAAGAGGUAAAAAGGGUGAUGGUAAACAAAAUCAAAGCUUGUUAUUGGUCCGUAACUCAACUCAACAUAGAGGGGGCGGAUGGCAAAAAGGAAAUGUCGAUGAUAAACUUCAAAGAGUUUUGCAAAAAUCAAGAAAGAAGGGUUUCUACAAUAAUCAAGAGAACAAAGAUAUUAAAGCAGCUCUUGUAUUAUAUUAA